AACAGUCGCUCGCAUUCGCUGCACACGUUCAGUUGUUUCAAAACGGUCGGCUGCCGGUGGUUAUUCGACGGUUUGAAGUGCUCGUACACACGCGUGUGCUCAUGUGUGUGAUUGAAACUCACACAGUAAAUAUACAAAUGAGUUCUUUCUAAAAAGUUUCGCGCUAAAUUUUAGCGAUAAAAAAAUAUAAAAUAAAAGUAAAUAAAAGACUAAAAGAGACGAAAAAAUACUCAACUAGUGUUAAAAAAAAGGUGAAUUCAAAAAAAAAAUUUGGCAGUGAUUUAUUUCGUUAAGUACAGUCCUUCCUUGCAAGUUUCAUAUCCUCAUUCCUUUCAUCUUCCUGAUUUGUGGUGCGAAAUUUUCUGAAAAGACGUCUGCUAGUCUCAAGAGCAGCUGCAGUCAGUGGAAGUAUUCAAAAAAAAAGUACAUACUACACAAUAGCUUCAAAAUAGAACACAAAAAAUCGUGGUUAUGGGUGAUUAAGCAGAAAAAUUCGAUAUUUCACCAUUAUAAACCUCAAUUCAAGGAGGAAAGCAACUUCAAUUUUCAAUACGUGCCUCGGCAUUGUACCACACUCACGCACCUUUCUACACAUUCUCCCUCUUUGGCAACACAAGCUCACCGCCGCAAUAAAUCAAAUUCGAAAUAAGCAGCCUCCCCCGCGUUCGCCAGCAAUUGCUUAACAUAAACUAAUUAACGACUUGAUUGUCGAAAUUAUCCAAUACUCGUGCAUAGCACACACACAAAUAUGGAGACUGAAUCACUUAACCGGAAAAAUUCCUCACGGAAAAGUUCGGUAGUCAAUGGUAAUGGCGAUGCGCCGGCUAAGGUUACAGCGGAUACUGAAGGUGGUGACGGCGGUGGCGGCGGUGGUGGUGAGGUGACUUUGAAGGCGAAAAUGAGUUUGGUCAAUGGUUGCACAGUGAUCGUGGGUUCUAUCAUCGGUUCUGGUAUUUUCGUCUCGCCCACUGGUGUGCUGAUGUACACAGGCAGUGUGAAUUUGUCGCUGAUCGUAUGGAUUGUUUCCGGUCUCUUUUCGAUGGUCGGCGCCUACUGCUAUGCCGAAUUGGGCACAAUGAUCACAAAAUCUGGCGCUGAUUAUGCCUACAUCAUGGAGACGUUCGGUCCAUUUAUGGCCUUCAUACGUUUGUGGAUCGAGUGUAUGAUUGUACGUCCGUGUUCGCAGGCGAUUGUGGCGCUCACCUUUAGUGUCUACGUUUUGAAGCCAUUCUUUCCCGAAUGUCAGCCACCAGAUGAUUCGGCGCGCAUGUUAGCGGUGUGUUGUAUAUUGGUACUGACUUUUAUCAACUGCUGGGACGUUAAAUGGGCCACCGCUGUGCAGGAUAUCUUCACAUAUGCCAAGCUGUUGGCGCUCUUCAUUAUCAUCGCCACUGGAGUGUAUCAACUGUACUUGGGCAAAUUGGAAUAUUUUACAUUUGAUAAUACCGAUACAAAAGUCACAUCACUAGCGUUGUCCUUCUACUCCGGACUGUUUGCGUACAAUGGAUGGAAUUACUUGAACUUCAUUAUUGAGGAGCUUAAGGAUCCCGUAAAGAAUUUGCCACGUGCCAUUGCCAUCUCUUGCACAUUGGUUACUAUUGUUUAUGUCAUGGCGAAUGUGGCCUUCUACACAAUACUCUCACCGGAAGAGGUGCUCGGUUCCGCCGCUGUAGCUGUGACGUAUGCGGAGCGUGCUUUUGGCAUGUUUGCAUGGACAGUGCCAGUCUUCGUUGCGCUCUCCACCUUCGGUGCGGUGAAUGGUAUUUUGCUUACCUCUUCACGUCUCUUCUAUGCCGGCGCCAAUGAAGGUCAGAUGCCGGAAAUUUUAACAAUGAUACAAAUACAACGAUUCACACCCACACCUGCCGUCUUGAUAAUGGCUUUGUUGUCGAUGUUGUACCUAACGGUGUCGGAUAUUUUUGCGCUUAUCAAUUAUGUGGGCUUUGCCACUUGGCUGAGCAUAGGCGUCUCUGUACUUUGUUUGCCCUGGUUACGUUAUGCUCAACCCAAUUUGCCACGCCCCAUACGCGUACCACUCGUUUUCCCCGUUAUCUAUUUGCUCGCCACCAUUUUCGUUACCGUCGUGCCCAUGUACGCUAGUCCCGUUGAGACCGGUUAUGGCAUACUAAUGAUCCUCACCAGUAUACCAGUUUAUUUGGUUUUCAUUGCGUGGAAGAACAAGCCAAUAUGGUUCCAGAAGACAAUGGGUGGAUUCACACAGGGACUGCAAAAAAUGUUGAUGGUUGUUCGUCCAAAAGCUUCCGCUUCAAAGUAAGCCUCACACGUUUCCUACAGAAGAUGCUAAUGGUAGUCGGCAAAAGUAAACCAGCUCAGGUGUAAAUGUCAUAAUCAGCAAAGGACCUUCAUAUAGCUCCCAAAUACGCUCACAUACUCAUACAAACAUAUGCAUACCGUGCUUUUCAGCACAACUUCUCACAAGGCAUUUAAGAAUUUGUAUUCCAUAGGUAUCCAUAGUAACGAUUAUACAUAUUACUAUUAUUAUAAUUGUAAUAAAAAUCAAUGUAUUAUAAUUUAUAUAAAAAGGUUAUGAUGAUACAAAUAAAAAAAAUAAAAAAAAGCAUAAUCUAAACUAAUUACAAAAAAAAAGUACUAAAAGGCUUUCGUGAAUUUGAAAUCGUUAUACAAUAGUUAUAAGUAUGAGUAGUUUUAGUGGACUAAAUACAAACAUAGUUAAAUGAUAUAUAAGAUUGUUUGACAAGGCUAAAUACAAAUACAUACACACCACAUAAAUUAUCAGUCAUUGGAUAUUUUAGAGAGGCGGGAAUAAAA